AUGAGAGUUAUUAAACAAAAACGUCGAAUGUUACAAAAAAAUGUUUGGAAAAAAAAUCUUGGAAUGCUUAUUCAAUUAUUAUCAGUAUCAUUAUUACAUAGUCUUGUUUGGUUACCAGUUACAAUAGUUAUAUUAAUUGUAAUGACAAAUAAUCCUCCACCUACUAUUAUUAUUGAAUUACAAUCAAGUUGGGUUCUUAUUAAUAUUAUGUAUAUAGCUGUACUUAUUAAUCCAUUAGUAUGUAUAUUUGCUAUACCAGAAAUAAAAGAAAAAAUUAUUUUAUUUAUUAAUUAUAUACGACAAAAACGACAACGACCACAACAAAUAAAUCAUUCGACACGUUUAAAUCAAAUAAAUCCAUUAUCAAUUAAUAUAAAUAAAGCAUAG